AUGUUAAGACUUCUUGCAGUUCUUUUGAUUAUUUCUCAAACUUUUGCACAAAUAUAUUUGAGUAAUGAUAUAAUGUUCGAUUAUCCAGAGGAUCCUUCUCCAAGUUACGUUCCUGUAUUUGAAAAUUACCCGGAUGUUCUUCCAGACUACCGUGUGAUUCCCUAUCCACCACAAACCUAUUCUUAUUCUCGUCAGAUGUGGAAUGGCUGUGGCUGCGCAACCGCUAAAACUUAUGCAGACUACAUAAAAUCGAGGCCAAGAUCCAGAAACCAAAAAUUGCUUUCUUAUUACCAGUUGAUGUAA